GUAAUAUUGAAUAUGGGCUGCCUAGAUAUACAUUUCUGAUAGAUGCUUUGUUGUAGGGCUCAAUUAUAUUACCUUAAAGAUUAAGCGAGAGGAGUCUCCAGCGUGGCUCAGCACUCAAAGACAAUGCAUUUCAAUGCUGAGUAGUCCACUGCAGUGUAGGUUCAAGUCUGGUUAAAUGAUUCAAAGUAACUACAUGGGCAACUGUACAAGUUAUCUUCACAGGAAUAUCAUGACAGAAUGUACAUGGGUAACUGAACAAGCUAUUUUCCCAGGAAUAUCGUGACAGAAUGUACAUGGUUAACUGUUAGCUAUAUUCCCAGGAAUAUCGUGACCAAAUGUACAUGGGUAACUGUACAAGCUGUUUUCCCAGGAAUAUCGUUACAAUGUACAUGGGUAACUGUACAAGCUGUUUUCCCAGGAAUAUCGUUAAAAUGUACAUGGGUAACUGUACAAGCUAUUUUCCCAGGAAUAUCGUUACAAUGUACAUGGGUAACUGUUACAAGCCAUCUUCACAGGAAUAUCGUGACUGAAUGUUCAUGGGUAACUGAACAUGCUAUUUUCCCAGGAAUAUCGUGACAGAAUGUACAUGGUUAACUGUUAGCUAUAUUCUCAGGAAUAUUGUGACAGAAUGUACAUGGGUAACUGUACAAGCUGUUUUCCCAGGAAUAUUGUUACAAUGUACAUGGGUAACUGUUACAAGCUAUCUUCACAGGAAUAUUGUGACAAUGUACAUGGGUAACUGAAAAGGCUAUUUUCCCAGGAAUAUCGUGACUGAAUGUACAUGGGUAACUGAAAAGCCUAUUUUCCCAGGAAUAUCGUGACAAUGUACAUGGGUAACUGUUACAAGCUAUCUUCACAGGAAUAUUGUGACAGAAUGUACAUGGGUAACUGAAAAGGCUACUUUCCCAGGAAUAUCGUGUCAAUGUACAUGGGUAACUGUUACAAGCUAUCUUCACAGGAAUAUCGUGACUGAAUGUACAUGGGUAACUGAAAAGGCUAUUUUCCCAGGAAUAUCGUGACAAUGUACAUGGGUAACUGUACAAGCUGUUUUCCCAGGAAUAUCGUUACAAUGUACAUGGGUAACUGUUACAAGCUAUCUUCACAGGAAUAUCGUGACUGAAUGUACAUGGGUAACUGAAAAGGCUACUUUCCCAGGAAUAUCGUGUCAAUGUACAUGGGUAACUGUUACAAGCUAUCUUCACAGGAAUAUCGUGACUGAAUGUACAUGGGUAACUGAAAAGGCUAUUUUCCCAGGAAUAUCGUGACAAUGUACAUGGGUAACUGUACAAGCUGUUUUCCCAGGAAUAUCGUUACAAUGUACAUGGGUAACUGUUACAAGCUAUCUUCACAGGAAUAUCGUGACUGAAUGUACAUGGGUAACUGAAAAGGCUAUUUUCCCAGGAAUAUUGUUACAAUGUACAUGGGUAACUGUUACAAGCCAUCUUCACAGGAAUAUCGUGACUGAAUGUACAUGGGUAACUGUACAAGCUAUCUUUACAGGAAUAUCCUGACAGAAUGUACAUGGGUAAAUGGUAACGGACUGUUAAGGUGGUGAGGACUCUUGUUUGUUUCAUUUGCCCUUUUUGAAGAUGUCAACAGAGAUCUGACAUUUUCUUAACUGUCCCAUGAGACCAAAUGGCAAACUAACAAGCUUAUCCAUGACCUGAUAAUGUCUUGAUUUCCCAUGUGAAAUUCAUAGCAGUGACUGUGCACAAUGGUGCAGUUUAUUUUGUAGUACAAUAUUUUCAACCAAAGCCCUAUGGGACUUGGUCAAAGUAACUUUAAAUGCACUUUAAAGGGAAUGAGGUGGUAUUUUGGAGGUAGCAAUGAUUUUUUUCUUCAGGUAUAAUAUGAUGCCGUAGUGUGAUACCCAGCUGUGAACGAAGUUGCAGAACUCUGAAGAGGUUAUCUCGAAUACAGCCACAUUCUUCAGGGUUGAUACAGGAACUCUUGAAAGAAUCAUGCCUCAAAAGAACAACUCCCUCAGCUGGUUACGUCGAAGAAACAACACGUUGUCGGUCAUCGAAGACCUUUCCCUCCCCUUAGUCCCCUUUGAAGACUGUAGCUUGAACCGUAACUAUGCUGCCACUGUCAUUCCCCCAUUCUACCAUACCCUCUCACUCCUUGGUAUUUUCGGAAACUUUUGUACCCUGGUGACCUGCCUGAAACCGUCUCGGAGGUGGAGUAUUGGCUCCAUCGGAGUGCUGAACCUGGCUCUGUGUGACCUUGCCUACCUGGUCUCCAUCCCACCCAAGGCGAUCUACAUGGGUGACAACUACGACUGGGGCAUGGGACAUUCACUGUGCGUCCUGAGUAAUGUACUCCACUUUAUAGGUCUGACCUCUAGCACCAUGUUUAUCUGUGCUGUCAGCACAGACCGUUUCCUGGCUAUAGUGUUUCCGCUAGAGUCCCGGAUGGUCCGCACCCGGCGCAACGCUUCCCUGGUCUCCCUGCUCCUCUGGGCCAUUACUGCCCUGCUGAUUUACAUCAGCUAUCCGAACAUCAACUACUGGGAGCGCAAGGACGGCGUCCGCUACUGUGGAACUGUGGUGACCUCCAGAUACAAGUCCACCACAGCUACUUACAAUCUGUUGUCCUACUACUCUGUGCAAGUGUCAGUUCCUUUGCUCCUCAUCAUCCCUUCCUAUGUAAAGAUUAUAGCCAGGAUGAGGCAGUCAAGACAGCAGUGGGCCGCAGGCAACAUUCAGGGCCGGGACAAGGCCAUCUGGCUGAUUGCAGUUUUCAUAGCCAAUUUCCUGGUGUGCUGGGUACCAGGGCAGUUGCUACAUAUUAUAGCUUGCAUCUACUUCUUCACCCAGUAUGACUACACUCAUAAGUGUAGGGUGGCCAAUGUGGUGAACCUUCUAGUGGAGUCAUCCCAGUUACUCUAUUGCCUCAAUGCUACACUGGAUCCCAUGAUUUUCCACAUCCAAGAGGGGCUUGGGGAGCAGAUUAGUAAAGCACUAGGUUGUACAGUCUGUUGGUGGAGAAAGUAUGCUUGGAGUGGAAGGAAACAUUUCGGUGAGCGUAGUCAAACUUCAGUGAGCGUAGUCAAACUUUGAGCUGAGAGGUAGAUAAACAUUAAUGAUAUAGUACUUUCAAAUGGUUUUGGGUUUCUGCUGUUUGUGAUGUACAGAUAAAAUGUAGGCAAGAAUGGUGUCUGAAUUUUAA